UCACUUAGACCACAAGGCAAUGGCCAUCAUUUCACAACAAUGGCUUCCUACACUAGCCUUAAUUCUCCUUCCAAUUCUUGCUUUGCUUCUCUUCAGAGGCAAGAAGAAGAAGAAGCAAGAACCAGGAGUGAAGCUCCCUCCAGGCCCUUUAAAGCUUCCAAUCAUUGGUAACCUCCACCAAGUUGGAAGCUUACCUUACAAGUCCUUCUGGAAUUUGUCACAAAAAUAUGGCCCUGUAAUGCAACUUCAACUUGGGAAAACCCCUGUGAUUGUUCUCUCCUCAGGGCAAACCGCUAAGGAAGCCAUGAAAGACCAUGACCUUGAGACUUGCAGCCGUCCUCGCUCGGUUGGUCCUGGAAUACUUACUUAUAAUUUUCUUGAUGUUGUCUUUGCUCCUUAUUCUGAUUACUGGAAAGAGAUUAAAAAGCUCUUUAUUACCGAGCUCUUGUCGAUGAAGAGAGUUCGUAUGUAUUUGUAUGAGAGGGAGGAACAGAUUGACAAGUUGAUUGGCAUCCUAUCCAAUGCUUCUCCAAACCCAGUAAACCUCACUGAGUUGGUGUUCAAUGUCUAUGAUGGUUUCAUUGGAACAGUUGCUUUUGGGAGGAGUUUUGGGCAGUCAGAGUUCAAACAAGGGUUUGUUGAAGUGAUUAGUGGAGCCAUGGACAUGAUGAAUGGCUUCCACGCCGAGGAUUUUUUCCUAACUGCGGGGAAGUUUAUUGAUAUAUUGACAGGGCAGCUCGCCAAGCGUGAGAAGAUUUUCAGAAACCUCGAUGACUACUUCGAGAAGGUGCUUAACCAACAUUUGGAUCCCAAAAGGCCUAAACCAGAGAGUGGCAAAGAAGAUAUUGUUGAUAUCUUGAUAGGAAUCAUGGAAGACGAAAGUGCCUCUUUUAAGCUCACCAGAGACAAUCUCAAGAGUAUUAUCUUGGACAUAUUUCUUGGGGGUAUAGAUACAAGCGCAGCCACAACAACAUGGGCAUUGUCAGAGAUGUUAAAGAACCCAAGAAUCAUGAAGAAAGCACAGGAAGAGAUAAGGGAAAUUGUUGGCAAGGCAAACAGAGUUGAAGGCAGAAACUUAGAGAGGUUCACAUACUUGAAUAUGAUUGUCAAGGAAACAUUCAGGAAGCACCCACCAUUGCCUUUAUUAAUCCCACAUGAGUGCAUCAAACACUGCAAGAUUGGAGGGUAUGAUGUUUUCCCAGGAACAACUGUAAUGAUUAACGCCUAUGCCAUGGGAAGAGACCCAAAGUGCUGGGACAAUCCCGAGGAGUUCAUCCCAGAAAGGUUCGAGAAUUCUGAUAUUGAUUUCAAGGGUUCCCAUUUUGAGUUGUUGCCAUUCGGUGCUGGACGCAGGAUUUGCCCUGGCUUGGCCAUGGGAAGCACUGCUGUGAUGCACACUCUGGCGAAUCUGUUAUAUGGGUUUGAUUUUGAGCUCCCAAAUGGAAUGAAAUUUGAAGAGUUUCCAUUGAUAGAGAAAGGGGGUCUCACUAUCCACAACAAGCAACAACUCAUUGUCAUUCCUAACAAGUAUCAGCCGAAGGAUUAGGGCUCUGUUAAUGUUCAGUACUUUUCAGGUCUGCGAUGAUAAAAUAAAAGAUCAUACGGUGGAAGUAUCAAGUGGAAGGAUUAGGGUUCUGUUCUUUCCUGUGCUCUCGUUUUAUGUCCUUUCCAUUUCAGGACCGCAAUCAAAUAAAAGAUCAUGUUAGGCGUCACCUGAAGAGCCAACAAAAGUCCACUUAAAACGGCGGCAAGCCAGCAGCCGCCCCAACCCACACACAACCUAACAUUUUUAUUACAAGUCGGAUGUCAAUUUAGUUGGUUCUCAUUUUUAUAUUUCUAUCUUGCGAUCAAGGGUUCAAUCAUUAUUGAUAGUAUUUGUGUGAAUUAUGUGAGUGUGUGUGAAUUAUGUGUGUGUGAAUUGAAUGGGUACAUAUGUCAUAUGUGUGUU